CCGAUUAUUUUUAUUAUCAACAGAUGGUAUAUAUCAGAGUUUGUUGACAAUUUGAGUCAUUAAGCGAUGAUCACCAUGUGGAGUACUGUUGUUUUUAUUGCUAUCUUCGUUUGCUCCCACGCAGACCCCAUUGAAACAGAGCGGUACAACAUAACGGUGCAGGACCCAGUGGUGGGGCCGGUAACCAACAGGAUCAUAGGGGGGAGCCAGACCACUAUCCAGCAGUACCCUUUUCUUGUACAGCUACGUGUCAACAACCAGCUUCAGUGUGGAGGCUCGCUGCUGACGCUGAGACACGUGCUCUCUGCGGCGCACUGCUUCUUCGACCAGCGCAACAACCCGCUCCGGCUGUCAGUGUUCAGAAUCCGAGCUGGAUCCACCAAUCUUUCUUCAGGCGGGACAACAGUACGAAUCUCCCGCUACGUAGUUCACGAGCGCUACAACCCCAUCACCUUUGACAACGACAUCGCAGUGGUUGUGUUGUCGUCACGACUGCGACAGAGCGCCAGCGUCAAUUUCGUCGCCAUCCCGAGGCAGGGGUACGUCGUGUCUGACAAUGCAACUGUGGUACAUGCGGGAUGGGGCCGAACUAAUGAGAACAUACAGGUGCCGUCUGAAGUCCUCCGCCACGUAGCGGUGUACGUCGUCAACCACACGCUGUGCGCGACACGCUACCGCGAGAUUCAGGUGCUGCAGGGCGUGCCGGCCACCAUCACGCAGAACAUGAUCUGUGCUGGGGUCAUCGAUGUUGGCGGUCGAGACGCGUGCCAGGGCGACAGCGGCGGGCCGCUGCUGUUCAACAACGAGCUGGUGGGCGUCAUCUCCUGGGGCGCCGGCUGUGCGCAGGCGCGGUAUCCCGGGGUCAACGCCCGCGUCUCCAGCUACACCAACUGGAUCAACGCUACGGUAACGCGAUACAAUUCCGGCUCACGCUUGGACUACUUAAAUAGUCUAACUUUGGCUACAAUUGGAACCUUCCUAGUAGUUUCCAGCAAUUAUUUUAUGUUAAAAGAUGUUUUAUGAUACGAAUAAAUAAUAUUCUACCUAA